AGAUUCAUAGAAUUCUUCCGAGAGACGUAUGCUUUCGUUACGACUCCUGCCGACGCCGAAGGGCGAGGUCGGCAGAGCUUUGAUUGACAGCUUGCAAGUGAGAGCAUUGGCUUUUUUUGGCCGCAUAGGUGGCCCACGAACAAAGGAGCGCUGCGCAGCAGCCUUACUGCCAGAUAGGGUGUCGGUGCGCACUCAAUUUUCAGCAUUGCACACUGAACAGACGACUUGGGCACACUGGGCACAUCUCAGCAGGACAGCCCCACGCCAUCAACGCGAUACACGUUCGAACAACGAUGCGCCUGCUCUUGCUGCUCGUCGCGACGAGCGUGCAUGCAGUAAAGGAGCGGAGCACCGGCUUCGACUUCCCCAAAAAAAACAAGCUCGGCGCGCUGCGAGGCUUAGGCGUGCGCACGAAGGGCCCCAUCAAGGUCUACGCGGUCGGCCGCUACGACAAAGGAUUCUUACUAAAAAUGAAGAUGGGCGUCGGCGCGGAAAAAAUGUCUAAUGCGCUCGUCGAUGCGGUCAAGCCGCGCUGCUCCGAUAAUGCGGCCGUCGACCAGUUCAAGGAGUUGAUGGUGAGCGGGUUGCCCGACGGCUGCAAGAAGGGCAUGGAGCUCGGCUUCGACACGUCGGGCGGGAAGCUCGGGCUCACCGUGAACGGGCGGGGCCGGGGGAGCGUGUCCUCCAGAAAGCUGUGCGGCGCCUUCGAGGGCGUCUACACGGACUCGAAGGCCGUCUGCAAGCUCAACGCCGUCGAGGACGAGUAAAUUUCGAUUCUAGU